GGAAUUUAAAAAGUGAACUACAUAGAAAAAUAAAGAAGAAAACCAGGAAGAAAUAAAACAUAACCUAUGAAAGAUCAGCUGACAGCUUGAAAUCGCGUGAAGUACGACGAGUGUCAGUGCCAAGUACGAUGGCUGGCCCAGUAUUUGUUCCACUGGCGCGGCAAGCGGCCGUGUACUACACCGCUAGCUUGUCCGACGUACAAUUCUGGCUCGGAGCCGUACUUAUCGUCCUAGCCUGCGAACUAGACCUAAUAUACUUCCACAUCUUAAACGCCAUGGACAUAGACCUAGAUUAAAAAGUGAAAUGACGUUAAAAACCGUUGAAAAGUGUUCGAAAAUUCAAAAAUCCGAGUGAAAAACAAUAACAGACCUUGAUUCUGUUUUUGGUGGAGGUAUGUUUUGAAAAUAGAACUUGUGUUGUGUGCCAACAUUAAAACGGCGUGGAUUCGACGCAGUGUAAACACAAAACAUAUGAUUCGCGCGCAUUUUUAAAUAUUAGUUGACAGUUAUGUGAUGUGUUCGAAGUUUAAAUUCCAAAACACGAAAAUAAUGAAUAUUUAAAUUGUUCCAAAUCUCAAUUGUGAUUCGAAUUUUAAACAGUGAUCAAAGACAAUAACGGUAUUUUUGUGGAAUGUGAUUAUGAAUGUGAAAUAUCGUGUUCUAAUUUCAAACAAUGCGUUUUUAAAUUAAGUUUAAUGACUUUAUAAUUGUUUUGUGACGUCACUAUCGGACAAUAGUGCUGUGCCUAGAUCUGAAUCUAUAAUUGGAAUAAAUUAUCUCAAAAUGCAUCCGAUCCACCGUCCCCUUUUCGGGUCCCAUUCGGAUACGUCUACUAUUAAUAUAAAGAGCAUGGUGACAGACCUGUUCGGUCAGAUGCGGGAGCCGUCCCCGGGGACCGCGAGCCCCCGCGGCUCCAACAGCUCCCUGGCCAACGGCGCCGUCACCAGGAACCUGGGCUUCCAGCAGCAGAACAGCUCCGAGCACCUACCUUGGAGCAGCCCAGCGAUAUCGUUACCGGGAAACUGUAAUUCUAACUUAACGAGCGAGACACAGUCCCCAAUGGUUCGCAGCAUCAGCAACGCAUCUGCGCUCACAUCUCUAUGUGCUGACCUUUCAGCGUCCGACUCACACUUUUUUGAGGUCCUAUACAUCGGUAAAGUCCGGAUAUCACAGCGGAAGGUCCCGGAGUCCUUGAUCGACGACGCACUGAACAAAUUCGCUCAACAUGAAGCUGAAAAGGCUUUGAAGCAACGCCGACACAGCCUCCUGUCAUCAACUGGGACUUCCAUAUACAGCAAUGACUCAAAAGAAAACCUUGAACAAGAAGGCACUCCACCCCACGAGCUUUUCAACAACAGCAAGAAGAUCCUGACUCCAAGCACAACGCCCCUAGAACCUGACAAAGCAUGGGCAAGCGCAGAAACCCUCAACCAAAAACCAGACCCAAAGAAAAUUGACGAGGAAUUCGACAUGUUCACGAAAGAACGAGUCGAAACAUCCCAAAAACCAGAAUCUUUAAGAAAACCUACCCCAAUACCAUUAGAACCGAACGUGUUAGUUCUAAAUGUACCCAAAAAUAAUCUAGACACAGUCAGAGAAGAGGACAAAAAUGAACUAACCUCAGUCAUAUCUGAAACUGCGUCGUCGAUAACUGAAUUCUGUCAAAAAAGUGUCGAAAAGUCCAAAUUGGAACCACAAGAUCCGUUUUUGGAUAAUAAGAUACGAAAAGAUAGUCCCGCACCGAUGAAUUUUCAGGAGAUUAAUAGAAAGCCGACGGUUGUUGAAAGGAAGACGCUGACGGAGAAUAAGCCGUUUUUGAGGGAUCGUUCCGCGUCUAUAGGUACUAUUAAUCAGAAAACUCCGAUUGCGCAGCUGAUUGGAGAGCAGAAUAGGACUAUGUUGUUCCAGGUUGGUCGUGCCGAACUCCGUUUGAUAAGUCCAGAUAGGAAACAAAUACUUCUACACAGAGGUUUCAAAGAUGUCGCCUCUUGUGUAUUAGGGAGGAUGAAUAAGGAACACUUCGGCUUUGUAUGUCGGGAGACCAACGACACAUACGCUUGUUACGUGUUCAAAUGUGAAAGCGACUGUGUGGCACAGGAGGUUAUUAAUGCAAUCAAGCAAGCAUUCGUGGCCCACGCCGAGCUUCUGAAAAAGACUCGUGAGAAGUCUCCGAACAUGACUUGCGAACACUGUCCCAUGCUGUGGUACCAUCGACUCUGUCAUGAUAUUGAGAGUAUGAACGACAAGAAAACACACGCGUUUAUUCUUCGACGCAUCGAACAGCUGCCUGAAGAUGAACAGGAUCUCAUCAUCACGAAGUACCAGGGAGGCACCAAUCAUAUGUAUGAGACAAGUGAACACAACGCUUUCCUCAUGAUGUUACUACGAGCGCACUGCGAGGCAAAACAAACUAGGCAUGUUCAUGAUACCGCUGAAAAUAGGUCAGAGUUCUUAAACCAGUACCUAGGUGGCAGCACUAUCUUCUCAAAAGCGAGACGCUCGAUUUCAAGCAGUUUCGAUCUCCUCAAGAGGAAAGCUAGCAGGGACGAUGGCUUGGUAGCACCUAUUAUUAAAAAGGACACAUCCCCCCUCCCCACACCGGUCCCGGAUACGUCAGAGGUAGUGCCUGAGCUUCUGUCUCCAGACUCCGGGAGAGCCAAGAGUUUGUCUCCGGCUGUCAUCGAAGACUUGACUCCCUCUCCGCGAUCCAACAUGACUCCCACUCUUGAAGAGGACGAGGAAGCUGGCACUCCUCCAGCCAACUCUCCUAUGAUGGAUAUCUUUCUAAAAGUGAGUGACAGUCGUCCAGCGCAAGUUGAAGCUGGCACCGAGAACGAGGCGACUUGGAGACAAGCUAUCUAUGAGAAGGUGGCUCAACCUGAUGUGCAGAUUGAAGGAGAUCUACCAUCAACCCGUCUAAGAAAAAUAUCAGCAGCCAAACAGGGCAAAAGAACGAAAGAAGAAUUACGUCAGCUUUGGAAAAUGGCCAUCGACCAGACUAUACUACUGGUCAGAAUGGAAAAAGAAAAUGCUAGACUUAGAGAAAGUGAAGAAUCAUCAGCUGUCCGCCGCAUAAAGCUGGAGUACACUGAGUUGGGUACGUGCGCGGCCGGCGCCAUACUCAUGUGGGACUCGCUGCUAUCCAGGGACCACUCGCAACCCAUGGCUAAGGUCGACCGGCAUAUGUUGACACAAGCGGUAAUACAAGGCGUCCCGCGCAUGUCCCGCGGCGCCGUGUGGUACUUCCUGGCGGAGCAGGCCUCGCUGCGCGCCGCGCCGCCCGACACGCGCGCCGCGCCGCUGUACCACGCGCCCUACGCCGCGCUGCUGGCCGGCCUCACCAAGCAUCAGCAUGCCAUACUCAUCGACCUAGGACGUACCUUCCCGAAGCACUCGUACUUCGCCUCAGCACUUGGUCCGGGACAGCUAGCUCUGUACAACAUCCUCAAGGCGUACUCCCUGUUGGACCCUGACGUGGGCUACUGUCAGGGUCUGAGCUUUGUCGCUGGGGUACUGCUGUUACAUAUGGAAGAAGCGGAGGCAUUCGUUCUCCUGCGCCACCUGAUGUUCAGACGCGGGCUGCGGAAGCAGUACCUGCCUGACAUGAGCGCGCUACAAGUACAGCUAUACCAACUCUCCCGCCUUCUCCGUGACCAUGAGCCUGAUCUGCAUGAAAAGCUGGAAGCCCUGGACAUCUCGCCGGCCCUGUAUGCUGCUCCCUGGAUGCUGACACUCUUCACCAGCCAGUUCCCACUUGGAUUCGUGGUCAGGGUCUUUGAUCUAAUCUUCCUAGAAUCCUUGGACAUCGUCUUUUCUGUGUCCCUGGCUUUGCUGUCAGCCCACAAGGACGGUCUCAUGCUGUGUGAAAGCUGUGAGGAAGCGGCUGAAUACCUCAAGCACAAGUUGCCUGACAUGGACAAGGGCUUCUACGAGAAGGUUAUGAAGAAGGUACUAAGUUUCGAUAUAAGCCGUCAGCUGUGCGACUACGCCGUAGAAUACGCUGUGCUACGAGAGGAAAUGCCUCGCUUGGCCUCGCUUACAGAAGAUAACAGACAGCUCGUAGAAGAUAAGAACAGGAUGAGCGAGGAACUUGAUGAGGCCAUGGACGCGAUAACAAACUACCAGAAGAACCAAACUCGAUUGGAAACGAUCAACAAAUCAUUAGAACAACAACUAACGUUACUAAGCAGAUACAUCUCAGCACAUUCAAAACAAGACCUUCCUUUAGAAGUCAAGAAAAUAGUCCAAAACCACAGCAAAAAACUAUCCUUCAAAAUAUUCUCCACGAAGAAUAACGAAGAACAAGACGAUCCAAAGAAGAACUUCAAAACAGGAUUGAGUUCUCCAAAUCUCUUCUCCAAAAUCGCCAGAGAAGAUUCUCCAAAGGACAUAGAGCAUGAAAGAAGACAGUUUAUGAUGAAGAAGUCACAAUCAGUGCAUUCUGGUUUAAUAGCAAACAUGAAGAACUAUCAACUUAAAGUUCUAGAAGAAAAGAAUGGGAAUCACAAGGCGGAGAACAUUACAGAAUCUUUGAAAGAACUUGGAAAGAAGCAUUCUGGCUUCUUCGCAAGCACUCAUGAACAAAUACGGCAAGAAAGACUCUUUGAACACGAACUAAAAAACAAUUUCGACGAAAAUCUGAGGCGUUUAGAUCAAAAAUUGAACGAGAAAUUGAAUCCGACAUCUUAUAUGGACGAUUUAAGCAUAUUCCAGAGUCGAAAGAGUAUGUCUCUUAACCUACAGACACCAAAAGAGGGUAAGGUUAACGACAGUGGUUUUGUCACGCCUUUGAGUCCGGAAGAUAGUAAGAAAGAUGAUUCCUGCUCAACCAUAUCCCAUCCUCUGAGUGAUGUCGAUGUAGAAAUCAAAUUUGAUGGGCAGUCGACGAAAUUGAAACAGAUUAGACCGAUAAAGAAUAUUCAAGUUGAAAAAUCUUAGUAGUAACUGCAAAUGUCUAAUAUAUAAUCUAAAAUUAUGUAGUUAACUAGCUUUUCGCCCGCGGCUUCGUCCUCGUCGAGGUCGGUUACAUCGUGUUUCCAAGAGAACUCUUCAAAAGUCCGG